AUGCUGUUCGGUAUCUUCUUCGCCUUCUGGCGGUUCAUGGAGAUCAUCACACUGAUCCCAACUCUCGGCAUGCUAUCGUAUUUCGUCCACAUCUACUCCACCAACAACGCUCUCACACCUAACUAUAUCCUCGUCCUCUUCAUCGUCUCGGUCCUAGGGGCCGUCUGGGCGGUCGCAACACUCUUCACCUACCACCGCGCCCGCUCCAACGCCCUCUUCGUCUCCUUCGUCGACCUCUGCUUCGUGGGCGCCUUUAUCGCAGGCGUCUACGAGCUUCGCGGAAUCACGGGCUGGAACUGCUCGUCGGUCGCAUCCAGCGAUACUCCGUUCUUCUCCAUCUCUUUCGGUAGCAAUACCUUCGACCUCAGCGGCUUCCAUGUACGCACGGACAAGACAUGCGCCAUGUUGAAAGCGAGCUUCGCCUUUGGCAUCAUGAAUUGCAUAUUCUUCUUUUUCACUAGCUUCCUUGCCUUUUGGGUUGGCAGAGGGCAUAGCCAUGACAAGAAGGAUUCAUAUGUGCGCGAGACCCAUUAUAGCCGCCAUGGACAUCGCCGGAGCGGGAGCCAUAGAAGCCAUCACAGCUCGCAUUCGGGAAGGCGGCAUGCGUAUGUUUAA